AAAAAACACAACAAAACAAAUUUGGACCAAAAAUAUUUCAGCAUUAAAAAACAUUUGAUUUGUGAUGUUAUUUUAUUCAUUCUUUAAAUCCCUUGUGGGCAAAGAAGUCGUGGUUGAGUUGAAAAAUGACCUCAGCAUUUGCGGGACGCUGCACUCCGUGGACCAGUAUCUGAACAUAAAGCUAACAGACAUCAGCGUGACAGAUCCCGACAAAUAUCCGCACAUGCUGAGCGUCAAGAAUUGCUUCAUCCGCGGCUCUGUGGUGCGUUACGUGCAGUUGCCCGGCGACGAGGUGGAUACGCAGCUGCUGCAGGACGCGGCGCGCAAGGAGGCUGUGGUGAGCACGAGGUAGAAACCAGAAUGUGUCGGAGGAGCAACGAAGAAUGCAUUUUAAUUUAAGCCGAAAUAUCAAUUUUAAGAAUGUCUACACUUUGCGAUGUACAUUGUGUAAACUACAUCAAAGUGCAAAAUUGUUAAAGCCAGCCAAGAAAUUCGAUUUGAAUGAAAACACGAUUAUCCACAGGAAAUCAAACAUUAUUCAUUGUUAUUGCGCUUUUGUUCGAAUUGUAUAAUUAGGGCAUUGUUGUACUACAUACGUAUGCAAUUCAUUUAUCUUCUACAUAAACGGCUCAUAAAUUUUUCAUGAGUCACUUGGGGUUUGUGGCUCUGGAGCCCAAGGAGCGACUCUUUAUUUA